CACUGACAGAAUUCCGUCGAAGAAAAAAAAAUUGGCCUGCAAACUAAUUGCUUGGGUUUUGCACCUGAUCACCCGGCUGUAAAAUCUGAAGCUUCCUGGUCUCUUUUUCGUUCCUCUUCAGCAAUUCCAGACAUUUUCGCUUCAGCUCGUGAUCCGUCAUCUUGGGUUCAAUCCCUCCGGUGUGUUAUUUGUCCUGCUGUCGAACGACUCACGCAAAGGCGAGUUCCUCCUCAUUCAACUCCAAAGAACUGGUGCAUCUCAAAGGUACAUUGAAUCUGUCAUCUGCUGCCUGUGUAACCUGAGGAAAACACCACCUUGAGCCAAUGAAGCGUAUUCACACCUUCAGCGCUUUGGUGGCCUUCGUCACCUUAUUUCUGAUCUUCUACUCGACCAUAAACCUAGAGACAACCUACAGUCUCAGAGAGGGACCUGCAAACCGUCUGAACCAUCCUACCCUCCAGGUUCACAUCAGAGAUGGUAAAUCACAAGCAUCCAACCAGGGGAGAGUCAUCAUUCUUCCACCGGCUGUCCUCAAUGUGUCUGUUUUGGACGGCCUCAGACACACCAUCCCUCAAAAUGGAGCCUACUGGAACCGCCUGCUGUACUCAGUCUUCAGAAAUCCUUUCGGACACAACUCAAAUUGGUCUCUGUGCAGGCAGACGAAUCAAGAGCAUCUGCGAACCAAUAUGCACGACUUUCCCUCCUACCCUUUCUUAUUUCAGGACUUUUUGCAGGGGAUGAACUGCAGUUCGCCUCCAGUCCUGCUCAAUCAACCCAACAAGUGCCGCUCUGGCGAAGGGAAGGACGACCAUCAGACCUUUCUGCUUGUUACCAUCAAGUCAACUCCUAGAAACUUUGAGCAGAGACAGGCGGUGCGGGAGACCUGGGGUGGAGAAGGCGUGUAUCAGAGUGGACUGAGGGUUCGCACUGUGUUUCUGCUGGGUAGUUCCCCACCGGAGGACCCUGACCUCAGCUCUCUGUUGGCAUUUGAAGCGAGACAAUUUGGGGACCUGCUGCAGUGGGACUUCCAUGAAUCCCUCUUGAACCUGACACUUAAAAUGAACAUGUUCAUCCAGUGGACGGUGAAAUACUGUCCUGACGCGUCCUUUGUGUUCAGUGGCGACGAUGAUGUAUUCGUCAACACACCAACACUACUCAGCUACCUGCAGUCUCUGGAGCCUUCGAAGGCCUCUCGGUUGUAUGCUGGACAAGUCAUAAGCCAAGCAACUCCCCUCAGGGACUCUAAAAACAAAUACUACAUUCCCCUGAGCUUCUAUGACGGCCCGUACCCUGCUUAUGCCGGUGGAGGAGGUUUUAUUAUCUCUGGAGCGUUGAUGCAAGGCCUAUAUUCAGCUUCAAGCGCCAUUCCCUUCUUUCCUAUGGACGACGUGUACGCUGGGAUGUGCUUGAAGGCUUUAGGGGUUUCUCCUGAACACCACAACGACUUUAGGACUUUUGACAUCAAGGAUCAGGACCGUGAAAACCUCUGUAUAAUUAAGAAACUUAUUCUGAUUCACCGGCGCUCCCCACAGCAAAUCAAAAAGUUAUGGAAGGGCAUUCACAACCCAUUGCUGACUUGUUGAACAGGACUGGUGAUCAAGAGAUGCAGUUACCAAAAAGAAAAAACGUUUGCGCCACAUCAGAGCACUGCAGAAGGAAUGUAAUUGAGGGUUUUCUACUACUUAAACUCUUGUAUGGACUACAUAUACAAUUGUGUUCCUGCACUGCUAUGAGUCAUUGGCCUCAUACCAGGACGGUCUUUCAUGAUGGGGUACAGCCUGUGUGUUCAGCAUUUUUAAGUUGGAUUUUUCUCCAAGUGAAAUGUCUUUAGAUCCAAUUAGCCGAACUUCCUUUUUUUUGGAAUAAAAAAAAAAAACAUG